AGAGAGUUCUCUUCUUCUUCUUCUUCUCUUUUGACCCGAAACUUUCUCUUCGUCCUGUGAAAGCUUAAGCUCUGAUGCUCGUUGUUGCUCUUGAGUGUAACAAUGAUCUUUCAUAAUGAUUUUCUCGAUAGAAUCUAUCCAUAGACGUAGAUCUCUUCACAUCGACGGAUUGAACUAGAAGGUGUUCGACAGAUUGCCCAAGAGAGAUAUCAAUCUGCUAUAAAGUGGUUUGAGAUUUUUCAUUUCAGUGUUUUUCAUUCAAAUUCAGUUUUAGUUGCGAUGGAGAUAUCAGACGGUCUUAAGGGGCUACUUGAAAAUUCGCCAUCUACGACAAAUUCGACUACUUGUCUUCCGAGGAAUUACAUUGUUCAAAGAUAUGAACAUUUUGCAAGUUGUAAAGUGAUGGAGAAGAUAGACAGGUCAGGAGAAGUUUCAAAAUGGGAAACUUUGCACAGAGACAUACUCGCCAUUAUUUUCGAUAAGCUCGACAUGAUGGACAUUACUAUGGGAGUUUCACGCGUAUGUACUUCUUGGUUCCUUGCUUCUCACAACAAAACUCUGUGGCACACCGUCGAUCUCUCCAAGCUCCAACAAUUGGACUUCUCCUAUUUUGUCCAGUAUAAGGAUAGAGUGCGACCAAUCAUCUUCUACGAGCACCGGGUUGACGAAGAAGUCGCAGAGGGCCUAAACCUUAGGAGUCUUUAUAUUAAAAUCAGCAACUUCUUCUUUGACUUUAGUGUGUUACGCCUAACUCUCAGGGAUCUACUGGUUGAGAUCACCAAGCUGAGCCGCAUGAACCCGAAGAAUUUGUUCUUUCACUUCAAUUCCUAUGUACAAACAGAGGAUCUCAUGUUCGCUGCUGAGAGGAUGCCAAACAUAGAGAAGCUUGUUUUACCGGUCUGGUGCUAUAAAACCGAGGAGUCAUUUCAGUUUGUGUUCAGUCGAUGGAAGAAUCUUAAAACACUAAUCAUCGCUCAAGAUUAUCAGCUUCGCACCGGGACAUUCGACUUUCAUACUGUGGGAGAAAACUGCAGUAACCUUACAAACUUCAAAUAUUUGGGUUAUUUGCAAAACGCCAAUGUUGAGAAAAUCGUGAUGUACCUCCCGAACCUCAAGAGGUUGAGUUUGCGAUGCUCUUUCGUCAGGACUACAGGACUUAUUUCGCUAAUUACAGGCCUCCAAAACCUCACGGUUCUUAAUCUCUCACAUUGCAUAUACUUGGGUAUGAUUCCUGACACGGUGCCUGAUGACUAUUUUGUACAAGCCCCUACUCAGAAGCUUGAAAAAUUCAUCACAUGUACUCAAGAUUGCAGGAUUUGCAAAAAUCAACGUCGCUACUCCUGGUCGUAUCUCUCUGAGGAUUGGCAGAAUGAUGAGAUAAAGGAAUUUCAAUUCUGAAAUAUUGAAAAGCUUUGUUUGUUGUUUCGAACAAAUGAGAUAACGUAUAUACAACAUUAAAACUAA